CUUCGAAUAAGCAACCGGAUCCAUCCAGUCUCGGUUUUCUUAGCCAUCAGUGGAGAGCACGUCCCGCCCGCUAUCCGGCCAAUCAACUCUCCUCAAAUACUCUCCGUUCUCAUUCGUCUAUAGCUCUAGUUGCCCCCGUAUCCUUCCCGUCCUAUUUCAUAUGCCCUGCAGCUGCUGAGCAAGGCUAUAUCUUCGAGCCGACGCUACUGACCCCCCUCUCUCUGUCCAUCUUGAAGAGAGGAAGCUCGACGGAGAAGCACCAAUGGAGUCCGUUUCUAGAACCUUCCGUCCCCCAAACUUCACACUCUCCUUCCCCUCUACCAUCAAUCCACCUUCCCUCCCCCUAAACCCCUCGUCUAAAACUCUCAUCUCCCUACGCCCCUCCCACAAACCCCUUCUCUCCAUCCGCUGUUCCCACAAGCCUCCCCAAGCCGUCCACAAAACCGUAACUCCGAUCCCACUCUCUACCUUCCUCGCUGCCGCCGCUACCUCCGCCGCCCUCCUCUUCGUCCGAUUUCGCUUUCCAUCUCGCGCCAUCGCUGCCAUAGUCUCCCCUGUCCCCGCGGCGUCUGCUGAAUCAUUAGACUCUGAUCAAGACCUCUCUGACGAGGAAAAGGAGCGCAAACUUGAGGAGCACCUUGAUUCUCAUCCCGAUGACGGCCGCUCUCUCCGCGCGCUUAUGGAGCUGAAGGUUCAGGCCGGAAAGUUUCAAGAUGCGAUAGCAGCCGUUGAUCGCCUCAUUCAGCUCGAGCCUGGAGAGAAUGAGCUACUUCUACUGAAGGCACAUAUUCAAAGCUACAGCGGGGAUGCCGAGGCUGCGAGGCAAGGUUUUGAAGAUUUAUUGGUUGGAGACCCCUUGCUUGUGGAAGCCUACCAUGGACUGGUUAUGGCGCAGAGGGAGGUAGAUGGUGAAUUGAAUGAGAUAUUGAAAAGAGUUGAAACUGCCUUGGAGACAUGCAAAAGGCUUAAGAGGAAGGAGGACGUGAGGGAUUUUAAGCUGCUUAUUGCUCAGAUUAAGGUUAUUGAGGACAAGUACGAAGAGGCAUUAAAGAUUUACCAGGAAUUGGUGAGGGAGGAGCCACGGGACUUCCGGCCUUACUUGUGCCAAGGAAUUAUAUACACGUUGCUGCGAAAGAAGGAAGAGGCAGAGAAGCAUUUCGAGAAGUACAGAAGGCUAGUUCCUCGGGAGCAUCCUUAUUCACGGUAUUUUGAUGAUAAUAUGAUUGCAAUGAAGGUCUUUUCCCAAAUAGAGGAGAAUAAGAGGAAGGAGUCUUUGAAGAUUUAGAGAGUUCACCGGUAAAUAACCUCCUGCUAAUGUAGUAUGGUAGUGAUGCAAGCCUUAAGCAUUUUGACUAUUUCAGAGUUAGUUUUUUAUGUCUUCAUUUACUCCAGUUGUUGAAUUUUUGCCCCUUGUUUGAAUGCCAAAUAGUUGUUUUAUCCCGUUUUUAAUGGCGAUGAAAUUUAUGGGAGGAUCGGUGAUUCUGGGAUCUGAACUGAUUUUUCCUUCACAUUGACGUCCUAUUUAGUGCAUAACUAACAAAUGUAGGGGUGCAAGAUGAAAUAAUGGGGGAAACUGGCUAUGCUGAGUCAUUAAACUAAGAGCACUUUUGCAUAUCUAUGUCAAUUCUCAGGACUUUAGGGAUGUUCUGAGCAGGAGUUUUUGUUAUAGGGGUAGGGGUUUGUUGAAAUGGC